AUGAGUGGAAACAAAAAGACGCUUUUUGAUAUUUAUGGGGACAAUGGUCUUCCAAUUGAUUUGGUUAUUUUAAAUGUUAUAAGAAUUGUUUUUUCAACUUUUGGUAUAUUAUUUAAUGCUUCUCUAGUUUUUGUUACAGCAAAGACAAAAACAUUAAAAUCCUCCUGUCAUUUAUUAAUUGCUUUUGAUUGUUUGGUUUCUUCUUUUUAUCAAAUAAAUAGCUGGUUAUCAAUUACUGUUAUAUUUAAUGCUGGAAACCAAUUCUUUCAAAUUCGUCCCUGUUGUCUUGAAAUGCUUCCAGCAUUUUUAUUUGGAUUUACAGCUUCAUUUAUUUCUACAUACUUAAUUUCAUUUGACAGACUGCUUAGUGUACUCUUCCCUAUGUGGUCAGUUUACAUGUUCUACCCUCCACCUCCAAUCACUUUUCCCUGGAUUCUAACUACUCCCAAGAUUCCUCAUUUGACUUAA